UUUCAAUCAUUCUCUUCUGUAAAUCAUUCACUAGUUUUCUCUUUAAAAUUCUCGCCGUUUCUAUAUAUAAAAUCUCUCUCUCUUCCGGUCUUCAGAUCCCAUGGCGAAGAAGGUGAUAUUUUUCUGGGUUUUCCUUGCUUUUGCAUCAGAGCAAGUUUUUUCACAACCGGAUCAGUUCAUCUUCAAUGGAUUCCAUGGUUCAGCCAACAACAACAUGAGCUUAACCGGAGUUGCAGACAUUUCAAACAAUGGGUUACUCUGUUUAACCAACACAACGUCUCGUGUAAGUGGCCAUGCUUUUUACUCAUCUCCAUUUCGAUUCAAGAACUCAAACGAAAGCAAAGUUUCUUCUUUCUCGACUGCUUUCGUUUUCGCCACUGUUCCCGAGUACCCAAAGCUCGGUGGUCAUGGCCUUGCUUUCGUUCUUUCGCCUUCAAAGCAGCUUUCGGGCUCUCCCAGUCAAUACCUAGGCUUGCUUAAAGCAAACGAGAAUGGGAACUCAAGCGACCAUAUAUUUGCAGUAGAGUUUGAUACCGUGAAAGAUUUGGAGUUCGGUGAUAUUGAUGAUAACCAUGUUGGUGUUAAUCUCAAUAGCAUGAGAUCAAUUGCUUCAGCUUCGGCAGCGUAUUUUCUUAAAAACUCGACAAAAAAAGAGUUGCUCCUCGGGAGUGGGAGACAAAUUCAGGCUUGGAUCGAUUAUGACUCACCCAAAAAUCGAUUAGAUGUAAGGCUUUCACUGUUUUCUGAGAAACCAAGAUCCUCAACUUUGUCCAUUGAUCUGAAUCUUUCAUCAAUUCUCCAGGAUUCCAUGUUUGUGGGGUUUUCAGCUUCAACUGGUUUGCUUGCGAGCUCUCACUACAUCUUGGGAUGGAGCUUCAACAUGAGUGGGGAGGCUCAAUCUUUGUCUUUAUCUUCUUUGCCUUCUCUUCCAAGGCCUAAACAGAAUCACACUGUCUUAACCCUCUGUCUUACGUUUGCAGCUGUUGUUGUAAUAAUGUCGAUUGUUUUCGUCUCGUUUUACCUUGUCCGAAAAUUCAAGGGAUCGGACGUAAUCGAGGCAUGGGAACUGGAAAUUGGUCCUCACAGGUUUUCUUACCAAGAACUCAAGAAAGCAACGAGGGGUUUCAGUGACAAAGAGCUGCUUGGAUUUGGUGGAUUUGGCAGAGUUUACAAAGGAACUCUGCCGAGUACAAACACUCAGGUUGCUGUCAAACGGAUUUCUCAUGAAUCGAAACAAGGUCUAAGAGAAUUCGUGUCGGAGAUUGCGACUAUCGGCCGUUUACGACAUCGGAAUAUGGUUCCGCUCCUUGGGUGGUGUCGUUGCCGGGGCGAUCUGUUGAUUGUAUAUGAUUAUAUGCCUAAUGGUAGCUUGGAUAAGUACCUGUUUGAUGAACCUAAACGAGUUCUCAGUUGGGACGAGAGGUUCAGGAUAAUCAAAGGUGUUGCUUCGGGUCUUUUAUAUUUGCAUGAAGAAUGGGAACAAACUGUGAUCCAUAGAGAUAUCAAGGCAGGCAAUGUGCUAUUAGAUUCCGAUCUAAACGGAAGGCUUGGCGACUUUGGUCUGGCUAAGUUAUACGAGCACGGCUCGAACCCAAGCACAACCAAGGUGGUCGGUACAUUGGGUUAUCUAGCACCCGAACUUACGAAAACUGGCAAGCCUACAAUGGCUACCGAUGUGUUUGCAUUUGGUGCACUUUUGCUUGAAGUGGCAUGCGGGAGAAAACCUAUUGAACCAAAGGCAUUGCCCGAAGAGCUGAUUUUGGUGGAUUGGGUAUGGGAACAAUGGCAAAGUGGAGCAGCACUUGAGGUUGUGGACCCGAAAUUGAAUUGUGACUUCGAUGAGGUAGAGGCAAUCGUUGUGAUCAAGCUCGGAUUGAUGUGUUCAAACAAUGAACCAGACGCAAGGCCGACAAUGAGACAAUUAGUACGAUACUUGGAAGGGGAGGUGCUGCUGCCAGAAGUGGUGCCAUCGCCUGGCGGAUAUGAUAGCAAAAAGGGUCAUGGAAGUGGCUGUACCGGCACGGGUGCCACCCGGUUUGAAGAUUUUGUGCAUUCAUAUCCAAAUUCAUCGCAUUUUGACGACAAGGUUGGUACAUAUUCGCCAACCUAUGAAGACGGUGAUGUGGAUAUUGAAGCAGGUUCACGUUCAACAACACCUAUAUCGAUCUCCGGCAGUGGAAAUGACAGAUAACCAUUGUAAAUCAAACCAAAAUCCUUUCAAGUCUAUGUUAUUCGGAUUCAAGUGAGCGUUAAGUAUGUUCAUGCGGUUCUGCUCAAAAUUAUCAUUGAAAGAUCCUUUUACUGUUCCCAUAUUGGAAUAUGUGCGGAGAUUUAACCAUCUAAGGUUUCCAGUGGUUAGAGUUGUGGGCAGUUUUGUAAAUACGA